CGUCUGGAACCGGUAGAGACAGAAGAGAAGUCUGGGAAUGCUAAAGGUUGGGGGGAGCUCAGAGGGAGGAGAGGCAGAAAGUUGCAACUUCAGGGCAAUAUGGACCACAUGCUAUGGGAAGGAAUGCAUGUGUCUUUGUAGGAGAGUGAAAAGAGUAAAUGAAAAGAAGAGAGUAGGAGGAGGAGGAGGAGGAGGUAAAGAAGCAAGGAGGGAGGGAUCCGAGCGAAGGCUGCAGCGUGGCUCGGUGUCUAAAUGAAAGAACCUCUCUCUCUCACUUUCUCCUGCUGUCUGUAUGAAUGGCUUCUGUCCACUGCAGCACAUGGGCACGUCCAGAGCAAACACAGCGAGACUCCACAAGUGACUUCAGGCUGGAAGUAAAUAUUUUGCAGAGACGUCGGCUGACGGUGACUUUCUGAUGCUUUUUUGAGCACUUUGGCUCCACCAAACUCCUGUGGAUGUCCUGAAGAAUUUGCUGGAUGUGGAUCAGUUUGACCUUACUUUAUCUUAUUUGCACACAUCCCUGGGUCAGCUUGCCACAUAAGUGUAAUGUGUGGGUCGAUAAUUUAACCAAUCCUGAGCACGUUGUGGGUCUCUGGCCAACUUGCAGGCAGGUGUGAUGCUGGGUCAGUGUGUUUGAUACACACAUUCACACACACAUAGCUGCCUGAGACCAGGACAUCAAAUGAAAACAUUGAAUAUGUUACAGAAAAUCUGACUUUCAGCUUCAUAUCUGCACUUCAUAGAUGUUGGUGGAGAUGUAACGUGCACACUGGCUUCCCUUUUCCUCACAUAUUCAACACAAAUAACACACACAAGCUGCUAUAAUUCACUGCAUUAUCGGGUAAAGAGAGCAACUAUCCUAGACUGAAAGACUUCUUCUUUACAACAUGAACGUGCAAACCUGCAAUCUGGUUCCUCGGUGCAUCUUGCAGCCCGCCUUCUCCCGUCACCUCCUUCUCCCCGUCCUCCUGCUGCUGCUCCUCCAGGCCUGGUGGGGGAGCUGUCACCCGCAGUGUUUGGAUUACAAGCCUCCAUUUCAGCCCCAUCAGCCACUGGUCUUCUGCAAAGAGUACUCCAAGUUUGGAUGCUGUGAUGUGGAAAAGGAUGAGCAGAUAUCACAAAGGUUUUACACCAUUAUGGAAAACUUUGACCAUUCAGGAUACUCGACCUGUGGCAGAUACAUUCGCAGCAUCCUCUGUCAGGAGUGUUCUCCAUACGCUGCCCACCUCUAUGAUGCUGAGGAUGCCAACACACCUAUGAGGAUUCUGCCUGGAUUGUGUGGGGAUUAUUGCUCCGACUACUGGCAUCAGUGUCGCUACACACUCAGCCUCCUCCUUGAGGACUCGGGAAGCCCGCAGCAGUUUGCAAACCUGACCGCUAUAAUAGAAGAAGAUCGCAGAAAGUUCUGUGACUUUCUGGAGCUGAAGGACAAACAGUAUUGCUAUCCUAAUGUCUUGACAAACGCAGAGCUAAAUGCUAACCUGGGUUUGGUACGUGAAGAUCCUAAAGGCUGUCUGGAGCUGUGCUUGCAGGAAGUGGCCAACGGCCUCCGUAACCCCGUGGCCAUGAUCCACGCAGAUGAUGGAACUCAUCGCUUCUUUGUCGCCGAGCAGUUGGGUUAUGUGUGGGUGUAUCUGGCAAACGGCUCCAGGAUUGACCGUCCUUUCCUCAACCUCACUCAGGCAGUUCUCACAUCGCCGUGGGCUGGAGACGAGAGAGGUUUCCUCUGCAUAGCCCUGCAUCCCAGAUUCACCACAGUCAGAAAAGCCUACGUGUACUACUCUGUGUCUGUCAAGAAGGAGGAGAGGAUACGAAUCAGCGAGUUCACACUGUCGGUGCUUGAUGACAACCAACUAGACCAUUCUUCUGAGAGAACCAUCAUGGAGGUGGUAGAACCAGCAUCUAAUCAUAAUGGAGGACAGCUUCUUUUUGGUCACGACGGCUAUCUGUACAUCUUUAUCGGUGAUGGUGGUCGAGCUGGAGACCCAUUUGGAAAGUUCGGCAACUCACAGAACAAGUCAGUGCUUCUUGGCAAAGUGCUGCGGAUUGAUGUCGACAACAACGAUGACAGUGCACCGUACAGCAUUCCCUCAGAUAACCCUUUCCUGGGGGAGAAAGAGACACGGCCUGAGAUUUAUGCCUAUGGAGUUCGCAAUAUGUGGCGCUGUUCCAUUGACCGUGGUGACCCUGCUACAGGCGCAGGCAGAGGCAGGAUGUUUUGUGGUGACGUGGGCCAGAACAAGUAUGAAGAGGUGGACCUCAUUGUAAAAGGAGGCAACUAUGGAUGGAGAGCCAAAGAAGGCUUCAGCUGCUACGAUCGAAAACUCUGUCAGAACUCAUCUCUUGAUGACAUCUUGCCCAUAUUUGCGUACCCUCACAAGCUGGGCAAGUCAGUGACAGGAGGAUACAUCUACAGAGGGUGUCAGAUGCCAAACCUCAAUGGACUCUACAUCUUUGGGGAUUUCAUGAGCGGGCGUCUGAUGUCUCUGAAGGAGAACACCACCACAGGUGAAUGGCAGUACACCGAGAUCUGCAUGGGAAGAGGUCAGACCUGCAGAUUCCCCAAACUCAUUGACAGCCACUAUAAAUACAUCAUCUCUUUUGCAGAGGAUGAAGCAGGUGAAUUAUAUUUCUUAGCCACAGGAGUCCCGAGUGCCACAAGGAGAACAGGAGUUAUCUAUAAGAUAGUGGAUCCAUCCAGACGAGCAGCACCUGGAAAAUGCAGCAUCAAGCCUUCACCUGUUAAGAUAAAGGGAAAACUGGUUCAUUUCUACCCCAGAGAAGAGUUUGUAAUCAACAAGAAACCAACCACCACAGCUGUUCCCACGACGACCACACGAAAAACUACAACAGCCAAAAAAACACCAAGAAAACCUAUAGUAAUAAUAAAGCCACCAAUGCCAACCAGAAAAACAAUAAGAAAACCUCCACAAGCAACAACAACAACGACAACAGCAGCAGCAGCGACAACAGCAAAAACAACAAUACAGACAACAAGAAAAACAACAACAACAAAGACGACAUUGCCAGCAACGACACCAACAAUUAAAGCAACAAUUAAAACAACCUCAGCCACAACAAUAAAACCAACAACCGCACCAACAACAGUCCAGACGGCCAUGAUGACCACUCCCGCCACAAGCACCUCCACUGGUUAUCGCACAACCGUCAUGACUGCAGCCUCCUCUAGGAUUGCUCAAACUCCAAUCAUCACAACACCUUCACCAAGAAGACAUGGGAGACCCCUUCAAUAUCCUCCCAAUGCCACCUCCCAACCUUUAAGCCCACCACAACGUCCUCCAUCUCCAUCCACAACGUCGCUGAAAAGGCCCCAUGUGGCUUCAAACUCUACACCUUAUCCCAAACGCCCUGGAGUGAUCACCACAACGUGGGCACCACAUUUAAACCAGAAGCCCCAGAGACCAGCAAUCAGCACAACAAUGCCUAAAACAAGGGAAGAGAAGCUGAGGAUUGGGGAGAAGCUGGAAAGUGCUGGACAGGGCAACCAAGUGUACAAGAAGCCCAGAGGCAAAGGGAGAGACUACAAGAAAGGAAGAGAUGGGAGAAGACUGCGGGGCGGCUCAGUGCGACUCGUAAGCACUGAUGGUUUAUUAGAUCGAGGCAGAGUGGAGAUCUUUCUCCGAGGGGAAUGGGGGACAGUGUGCGAUGACCUUUUCUCCGCCAACGCCGGUUCUGUAGUGUGUCGACAGCUCGGCUUCACAAAGGCGCUGGCAGUGAUGAAGAGGGCAGUGCUGGGCGAGGCGGACAGCAGCGUUAGGAUCCUGCUGGAUGAUGUGGAGUGUGAGGGUGGGGAGAGAUCUCUGCUGGAGUGCAAAAGGUCCAGGGUUGGGAAACACAACUGCUCACACAGGGAGGAUGUAGGAGUGAUCUGUGGCUAGCAAAGCGAGACUAAAUAUAGGCAUCGCGCGGGGAAGAAGAAAGUAUUUGUUGAAGGUACUAAAGGUGCACAUUUUUAAGGAUGAUUGUUAAUAAUGUCCACAUUUCCGUGAUUUGUAUUUUCUCAUUUUUGCAUGCUUUUCAGUUCCGACUCACUGCCUAAUGCUCAGUUGUGCACACAGCUUAAAAUACAUUGCAUCCACUUCUUGGAAAGUGAUGUGAAGGAAGAGCAUGUCCCUUCAUAUCACCUUUCACUGACAGUUUCUCUUAGACUCACUCAGUUGACUAUUUAGUCAAAACCAACCACCCACAUUAAGGGAAACACAACAGUUAACAUAACAGAUAGAUACCGUUAUUUCUUACCAAACACACACUCUCAAAAUUUGUACAACACAUUUAUGAUAAACAGAAGUUGACCAAAAGUCCUAUUCAUCUGAGACAAAGGAUUGAUAUUAUAAAAUCACAUGACUAAAAGAAGAAAACGGUACGACUACUCAUCUCAGAGUACUUUAAAUGUUAAGGCCAGGGUUGUAUCUGCUGAAGAAUCACACUUGGUGAAAGUGUGCAGAUGUUCAUAGUUAAACACUUUCACUUGGUAGAAGUGUAAGCAUGAACAGGUAUAUUCUUAUUAUUUUCAAAACCCCAAUUUACUCAAAAGUGAUCAACGUGGACUGAGCAAGUUUUGGAGAAACCUUCAUGGCAUUCUAGCUAACUCCACAGGAUCUUGUUAAAAUAAACAAAUGUGAGAAAACAUAUUUUUAUAUUGUAUAUUUCCAGCAGAUUUAUGUUCUGAAGCAGGUUUGAAAUCAUUUGCAUUUUGCUAUCUUUUGAAUGUAGUUUUAAGAGCUUUAAAAAGGAAAUGCUGGACAUUCUGUACAAUGAAUAUAAUAACAAGAUUCCAGUUUCACAAAGAGAUUUAAGGGCACAGGGUGCCUUGAAUAUGAAUAAAGUUUACAGCAAAAUAA